AUGAAUUUAAAAGUUAUUUGUUUUGCUGCUGGCUUUGUAGCCUUAGCUAGUUGUUUACCAGAAUGGGGAGGAGGUGGCUGGGGAGGUGGUGGUGAUAGCGGUAGAAAUCAUUGGGGAGGUAAUCGUUUCGAAGGCGGUGGUCAUGGUGAACACGAAGGACCACAAGGACAUCACGGUGGAGGCGGAUAUGGUGGUGGUGGAUUUGGAGGAGGCGGAUAUGGUGGAGGCGGAUAUGGUGGAGGCGGAUAUGGUGGUGGUGGUGGUGGUGGACAUCACGGUGGUUACGAUGAUGGAGAACAUGAUCAUCAUCAUGGACAUGGUGGCCACGGUGGAGAAGGCGGAGAUCAUGGAUACGGUGGAGGCGAUUAUUAA